AUGGUCAUUGUUGACCCGACCACUGUCAUGAUGGAAGUGCUCAAGGCGACAGUCGUCACCGAGAAAGCCGCGGCAAAGCUACUUAAGAAGUUUGUGGACAACAAGAAGGACGAGGAGAAUGCGGAUCUAAUGAUGAACGAGGAGGUCAGACAUCAGUUGGCGCAGGUGCUGGCACACUUGGAAGAAAAUCGACUGGUUUUUUGUGCAAGUUGUUUGUGCGACGAGGUAAUCCUGAAGGUCCUGGCGGCGGUAGAAGCUUUAAUGAUACCCCGCCGCAAUGCCAAGGACUUGACUAUGUUUACUGGAUUCCUGAUUUCGAUACCACGACGCUGGCUUGACUGUCUGAAAUUUUCAUCUGCCCGUGCGGCUUUUGACCAAGAUUGGCAAAAGGCUUUGAUCAAGAUCAGGCAUACGCAAUGUAUCGACAUUAUUUGUUACAUACAGUCACUAGGAGCAUGCAGUGAUCACAAGCUGGGCAGUUUGGUAGAGCACAUCCGACACACUCACUGUACCUCAAUGUGCAACAUCGGUAACGUCCGAACCGUGACACUGAAACGGGAGAGGACCGACAAUGCUGCAGUUUAUAGCGAACGGACGCGCCAUCCAGUCUAG